AGUCGCUUCAGAUGCUGAUCAUCUCAUAUCACUUAUCGAUGAAGUAUCUUAUAUAUCACCACCUUCCCCGAUGCUAUCACAGUAUAAUGAUAUACCUCAUGAGUAUUACUGUAAUGGGGAUAAUAGGCCAGUAGACUGCGGCAAAAACUGUCAAUGUACUCAUAAAAUAGAUAUACCUCUUAAUUCAAUAGUUGAGGUCGUGCUGGUGGAUGAAGUUCAACAGAUAAAUAUAAGCCAUCCAUUUCAUUUACACGGUACUUCCUUUUAUGUCCUAGGACUUGGCCGCUCCCCGGAUAAGCAAAUUAAACGUAUGAACUUAAAGCAUGCCCUGGAGCUUGACCAACGUGGAUUGUUGGAAAGACAAUAUUUGAAACCUUCCUUAAAGGAUACCGUUGCUGUACCAAACAAUGGAUAUGCUAUUUUACGAUUUCGUGCAGAUAACCCUGGAUUCUGGCUUUUUCAUUGUCAUUUCCAAUACCACAUUGUAGUAGGCAUGAAUUUGGUGUUUCAAAUAAGUACGCUCAAUGACUUGCCUCCGGUACCACCUAAUGUCCCUCGUUGUGGCAACCAUUUACCACCCAUAAUGACGUAAAGUCUAUU